UGUAAUACUGUCAUUAUUUUCGCUACUGAUGAAGGAUCCCCGAGGUAGAUUGCAAAUGUCAUAUGAAAUCCAAAUUGCUUUAGAUUGGACAAUUUUUAGGAUGGUGGAUAUCUAACAGGUCUUUGUCAAACGCGGUCCUCAGUCCAUAUCAUCUGGGCAUCGUGUUGUGCCCAGUGACAUUUUUGUCCAGCAUUCUGGAGGUCUUCUUACUCGAGGUCUUUCUGAUUUCACUGUAUUUGAUUAUGACGGAAUGUAAGUGAACACAUGUGGUGAUUAUGACCAUUUGGAGGAAGACUGGGGGAAAGAAAACCGCAGAGAAAGAGAGAUAGAAAUGAGAGGAGGAUGUUGAGGUGUGAUCCGUGUUCAACUGGGAGUCGCACACAGACGGUCCGUCGGACCCGACCCUCGGAUUACCAAUCCGCGUCGCUCUUGGAGGGAGUGGACCAAUCAGAGAGCACCUUGGAUAAAUAUUCAUGAUUCCCCGAUUCAAACCUUUGAGCGAGUUUGUCUGGAUCCACAGCAUCGUACCUAGACUUUUCACAGAGACAAACUACAUUUUCUUAUGAAUGGAAAGUGAAAAAAUCAGUUGCGCUUAAAUUGGGAUCCAUCCUUCACUCAGAUCAUAGAAGAAAACAAAAAAGCAGGGAGAGAGAGCGAGAGAGAGCGAGAGACAUGACCAUGUCUACAAUACCAGAGAGUCUUAACAGCCCAGUCUCAGGAAAGAACGUGUUCAUGGAAUUUGGGCCACCAAGUCAGCAAAUGUCGCCUUCAUCUAUGAGCCACGGACAUUAUUCAAUGCACUGUUUACACUCCUCCGGACACCCGCAGCACGACAGCGCGUACAGCCCGGCUCCGUCCUUCCCCAGAUCUCUGCCUUAUCCAUACGUCAACUCGGUCGGUAGCCAUUCCUCCAGUCCGUACCUCAGCGCCGUGCAGACUUACCCAAACAACUCGGCUCUGGCGCAGACCAGACUGGAGGACCCAGCGCCGGAGUCAGAGAAAAACACCGUGGUGGAAGGAGGAGAGGUUCGUUUCAACGGGAAAGGCAAAAAGAUCCGCAAACCCCGGACCAUCUACUCCAGCCUCCAGCUGCAGGCUCUGAACAGGAGGUUCCAGCAAACUCAGUAUCUGGCUCUGCCGGAGAGAGCCGAGCUCGCCGCGUCCCUGGGGCUCACGCAAACACAGGUGAAGAUCUGGUUUCAGAAUAAACGCUCCAAGUUUAAGAAACUGAUGAAGCAAGGCGGAGGAACAAUAGACACGAACGCUUUGGCAAACGGGCGCGGACUGUCCACCGGAUCUCCAUCCCUAGCGCCCGUCUGGAACUCAACAGCCAGCGUCAAAACAUCCACACCGACCUCGUAUAUUCCCAGUUACACCUCAUGGUAUCCCACAGCACACCAGGACACUAUGCAGCAGCCGCAGCUCAUGUGAACCAGGACUGCUGAAACAACCCCGCCCCUCUUUCCACCAGUGGCCCAGUUCAGGGGACCCGACACGAGGCUGGUCACUCUGCGGCCCUCCGCAGCCCAGACCAGAUGUGAUCCGGAGACACUCUCAGAAAGACACCUGCUGACACACUGGCCAGCGCGGACUGAACGAGGGUCGUCUGCACCGGAGAGGAAACAAGUCUCUUUUUGAAUCGAAGGGAAUCCUGGGAAAGUGGGUCAAAUCAAAGCUGCUACUCUCCCCAUUACCGUGACUUUUUUUUGUUGUGUA